GUUCGAGGAAAGCCUGACUGCAAAGGGGAAAGACAGAAAAGCCAAAGAGAGUGUUCUGACCUUAUAAUAAUUUAAAAAUAAAUGGACAGUUCUGCAAUGGCUAAUGAGAUGGAUGAAAAAACGAGCAUGGAUGCCACAGGAGAAUCCCAUGAGGAUGAUCAACAUAGUGGACAGGACACAGAGCCUGUGAGUGGAGCCAGUGACACGUCUAGUCCUGGUAGGACUAAUCAGGAGAAUGGAGAAGAAGAGCCAAAUCCACAAGACAACAAGAAAGAAAGUGAGGUUGGGGGUGAUACAGAGGGUAAUGGAAAGAAAGAUGGAGAGAAAGAGAUUGAGAUGCGAGCAGAAAUGAAAGAGAGUGAUGAAAAGGAAAAAGCAAUAAACACAAAUGAACCAGAAAAUGAAAAAGAAGUCAGGGAGAAUAAAGAAAAUGUUGUUGAUCAGCAAAAAGAGAGCAGUGAAGCUGAGGAAAAGUGUGUAAAAGAAGAUAAAUCAGAAGAGAAAGAGAAAAUUGCUGACUCUGAAAACAUGGUUCCAAAGGCAGCAGAGGCAGAAAUAAAAGCCAAAGAUAAAGCAAAGGCUGAGGUAAAGAAAGCAAGCACUGGAGAUAAACAAGAGAAGACCAAAGGAAAGGCUGGAACUGCACCUUCCUCCACUGUUUCCAGACCCUCCAUGCAGACGUCUCGCCAGCGGAGCUCCAGACCUUCAGCCAGAAGGGAAGCUCUGGCAAAGUUUCAACAAGAUACGACCCCAGGGGUUCGGAACUUUAAGGUCCAAAAGACAUCUGCAGGCAUAUCAGCUGGGGCAUCAAUCAAACAGAAAAUCCUUCACUGGUGUAGCAGCAGAACACGGGCCUAUGAGGGUGUUUCCGUAGAGAACUUUUCCUCGUCCUGGAGUGAUGGCCUGGCCUUCUGUGCACUUGUUCACCGCUUCUUCCCCUCGGCUUUUGACUUCUCUUCUCUCAAAGCCAGUGAGCGAGAGAAGAACUUCACCCUUGCAUUCAGCAUGGCAGAAUCACUAGCUGGCUGCUGCCCUCUCCUGGACGUAUCAGAUAUGGUACUAAUGGGGAAUAAACCAGACCCUUUCAGUGUAUUCACCUAUGUUCAAUCCCUUUGCCAGCACCUUUCCAAAAUUGAGCAAGAGCGGAGGGAACAAAAGAAGGCAGAAGAAAGUAAGAAAUCUGGUGAGGCUGAAAACAAGGUUGAAGGAGUAGAGGAAGCAGGGGACGCAGCUGAACAGAAGAUGGCAGAAGAACAAGAGAAUGUUGUAGAGGAAGAAGAAAGGGAAGAAGAGGGGAAUCCAGAUGAAGAGAAGGGGGGUGCUGAAGAAGAAAGCAGCACACAGGUUGGGAGUGAUCAAGCCACCAGUCAGGAAAACACAGACCCUGAAGCUCAGACUUAAAUAGAGUAAAUUGGGAAGUGUACUGCACAAAAUCAAUCUCUGGUGAAUGUUUUGAAAAGCUUGUUUAUUUUUGUAAACUGCUUAACUGUCAUUAUCUACCAUACACUAAAAUAUAUGGAAAAAGUGUUAUUCUAACAGUAAAUGAUAUAUGUAUUUUUA